UGUGUUUUUGUUCUCCAAGUUCAGCUCAGUGCCCUCCUGCCUGCACACAGUUCCUCUGCAGCUCUUUUUCUUUUCCCAUUUUUUGUUUCUCCCUCAAUGGUUUUUGUUUGCUCGCCUGUUGGUCACUCCUGUGUGUGUGUUUUCAUGGGGGAUUUGGACACUGGGAGGAUGCGCUUUUGGGAGGAACAAACACUCAAAGUUGUCUCUUCGGCCACCCCGGGGUUGUUUUAGUGGAUACAUAGAUGUUCUUCAGGCUGGAAUGAACAAUGGUGCGGCUUCUUGGUGCUCUGGCCGAGGGCAUGCUGUGUUUUCGGCUACUGUUGCUGUGCGUCGUGGAGUUGGAGCUGGGAGCCGGGCUCUCCACUUUCCAGGGUUUCUAUCUUCCACCUGCGAACGGGUCGCUUCUCGCACCUGCCCGGAGGACAGACGGGAUCGUGCGGACCAUUGACCGGAUUUACCACGGAGGAGGGAAGGUGGGCUACCUGGUGUACCUGGAUGGGAGCCGGUUUCAGCUGGACAUGGAGCGGGACGAGACCGUGCUGUCGCAUCACUUCAGCCCCCAGUAUGUGCUCGCUAUGAUGGGGGACAGUCCCGCGCCUUUGCAUCGGGAAUGCGUGUACCGCGGGACUGUGGACUCCAACCCGGAGUCCCUGGCCGUCUUCAACCUCUGCGGAGGGGGUCUCGAGGGCUUCUUCGCCGUGAGCCACGCGCGCUACACCGUCACGCCUAUCAUUAGGGCGAAGGGACACGAACACGACGUGCGCGCCCUGCAGGACAAGGACGCGGAGAGCGCGCUUCACGUGUUCACGCGCGAGAGUUUCAGCUUCGAGGCCAUGCGCGAGGGGCACGAGAGCUGCGGGACGCGCGACGGGCGCAGAGGACGCCGGGAUGCGGCGGGGAGACGCCGGCACAGAGCUCGCGGGAAAGGUACACGGGACACAGGUGAGCACGGCGCGCGCGGGCGGAGAUGGUGGAGCCAGCUCUCGAGAGCGACCUCUGCGGCCACCACUCCUGCGACACCCUGGGCAUGGCGGACGUCGGCACCAUCUGCUCCCCGGAGAGAAGCUGCGCCGUCAUCGAGGACGACGGCCUUCACGCAGCGUUUACCGUCGCGCAUGAGAUAGGUCACCUGCUCGGUUUGUCCCACGACGACUCCAAGUUCUGCGAGGAGCGGUUCGGGGUGAACAGCGACAAGCGGCUCAUGUCCUCCAUCCUCACCUCCAUCGACGCCUCCAAGCCCUGGAGCCGCUGCACCUCGGCCACCAUCACCGACUUCUUUGACGACGGCAACGCCGAGUGUCUCCUAGACUCGCCCCGCCAGCCCCUUUUGGGCCCAGAGGAGCUCCCGGGGCAGAGCUACGACGCCGUCCGCCAGUGUCGCCUGGCCUUCGGCCCCGAGUACACAGUCUGCCCGGGCAUGGACGUGUGUUCUCGGCUGUGGUGCGCCGUGAUUCGCCAGGGACAGAUGGUGUGUCUGACCAAGAAGCUGCCGGCGGUGGAGGGGACGCCCUGCGGGAAGGGACGCAUCUGCCUGCAGGGGAAGUGCGUGGACAAGACCCGCAAGAGACACUACUCGGCGUCCAACCACGGCAGCUGGAGCUCCUGGGGCCCUUGGGGUGCGUGCUCUAGAACUUGCGGAGGCGGCGUGCAGUUCGCCCAGCGUCUGUGCAACAACCCGCCACCGCGGAACAACGGGCGCUACUGCACGGGGAAGAGGGCCAUCUAUCGGUCCUGCAACGUCACACCAUGUCCAGCAUCAAAUAAGGGUUUCCGGCAGGAGCAAUGUGAGGUGCGCAAUGGUCCUCAGACAGAUCCUAAAGGGGUGAAGACCUUUGUUGAGUGGGUGCCUAAGUACGCAGGAGUCCUCCCUAAAGAUGUGUGCAAGUUGACCUGCAGAGCAAAAGGAACAGGAUACUAUGUGGUGUUCUCUCAGAGGGUGGUAGACGGGACAGAGUGUCGUCCGUACAGCAGCUCGGUGUGCGUGAAAGGGAAAUGCGUACGGACGGGUUGCGACGGCAUCAUCGGCUCCAAGCUCCAGUUCGACAAGUGCGGUAUAUGUGGAGGCGACAGCACUGGAUGUAUACGCGUUGUGGGCAACUUCACCAAAAAAAGUAAGGGCUACACUGACGUGGUGAAGAUCCCCGCAGGCUCCACCCACAUCAAGGUUCGUCAGCACAAGGCUAAAGACCAGACCCGCUACACCGCGUACCUGGCCCUCCGACGGCCCAGCGGCGAUUACCUCCUAAACGGCAAGUUCAUGAUCUCCACCUCCGAGACAAUCAUCCCACUCAACGGUUCUGUGCUCAACUACAGCGGCUGGAGCCAAAGGGACGAGUGGCUUCACAGCAUGGGCCCCGGGGCCCUCCAAGAGGCCUUGGUGAUCCAGAUUCUAGCGACAGAUGCUAAAAAGCCCCUGGAUGUUCGUUAUAGCUUCUUCAUGCCCCGCCGGACGGCCCCACAGCAGCCGUCAGCUCCGCUCAUCCCCAACCCGAAGUCAACCUCCGUGCAGAGCACUACGACAGUCUCGACCACAACAAAAACCACCACCACCACCAGUAGCACCACUACAUCUUCCUCCACUCCCUCCGUCCUGGUUCCAGGGCCACCUACAGCUCCAGGUCCCUCCACCUCAACCCCAGGGCCCCAGUGGGUAACAGGGUCCUGGAUGAUCUGCUCCAGGACUUGUGACACUGGCUGGCAGAGCCGGACUGUGCAGUGUAAGGACCGGGAUGGUAAACUGUCCAAAGGCUGCUCGCUAGGUUCCCGCCCCUCUGCCUUCAAACACUGCCUGGUGAAGAAAUGUUGAGCAAAAAUGAUUCAUAAGACAAGAAACAAUUUAAAUGUGUACGUCUGAUAAAGGUCUCAAGUGCUGGAUGUAGGACUGCGGACCGAUGACUUUAAGACCCUAAACAGGACUGUGAAUGUUGGCUGAAAGCGCCUGGACCAGAUACACAGAGACUCAGAGACAGAUUGGCAUGGAUGUACCUGACUAUACGCCAGAGGAAUGUCCUGGGAUCACAGUAGCUAUGCAGAGCUGGCACGGAGGACAGUUUCCGUAUGAUAAUGACAAGUGUGACCCUGGCAUAGCUGAGGACUUAAACUGCAUGUCAUUUCCACAUGGACAGUAACUGAUUGUCUUUACUUCGGUCUCCAAACCCCGAAGGCUUACUGUGUUGCCCUGUAAUGGCAUGCGUGUUGUGUUUUGUUUUUUUUUUCCGUUAAUGCUUUUCCAUGUGUUCUAAUCACUGUGGGGAUUUGGAAGUCGCACACCCCUUUGUCGUUUGUCAUGAGCGUGUCCGAGACAAGAGCCCCAACGACGGGAAGCACUCGUUAUUUACCGCGCGGCCACUUCUCGCCCGCCGUAGCCCCGUCCCACGACCAUUGCCAUUCCACCGAACUUGGAUAUUCCGGUGCCUAAAAGCGGCUCGUAAAAUUUGUUACAGGAAAACUUUUGAAAAUACUAACUCACUAGAUGGUAGGGGCAUGAUUUUACUCCCUCUAAGAAAGGUAUCUAGCAUUAAGAACAACACCAACCACGUAAAGUUAAAGAUUUCUAUUUCGUUAGCCAACGUUCGGCCAAAAGGUGCAUUUGAGUGUUCAUUAUUAGUGAAUAAAACAGUAGGCUGCUGUGAAGAUUGACUUCCAAUGUUCUUCCUGUUGUGAGCCACUGAAAUGUCCAAGUUCCAGAAGAUGUUCAUAGAAAGCUUAUAAAAACAGCAGCAUGGUGUGAUGGGAAGGGAGCGUACGGUGGCCUUCAGAGGACAAACUUUUCGACAGUUAAAUCGACAAAGGGGCAAAAUAACCACGACACUCCUUAACAUUUAUGGAGGUUAAUGAUGACUCACAGGUUUGGGGCAGUGCUUGAUGUGUGAGUGUGUGUGUGUCUUUGUGUGUUAGCACAUUCAUGUACCCAGGCCUGUGUCUUAAACUCAUGCAGUAUGUACCAGGAAGAUGUACUGCGUCUUUAAGCUUCUUCACUCUCAGUUCCAUUUGUAUCAAUC